ACUCCUGCAGGGUGGAGCUGUAAUGAAUAAGAGUUUUCAGCCCCAUGAAGCUCAUAUUCCCUUCCUGCUGCAGCUCUUUAUCGAUUACAACCUCUACGGCAUGAACAUGAUCAGUCUUGCUGCUGUUAAGUUUCGAAAAAGCCAUGCAACAGGAGAGCAUAUGUCAAAUUUAGGGGGUAGCACCAACCCAUGGAAGAAUCCCUGCACGUCUAAACUCAGUGAUGGUGGGCUGAGAGAUACAAUGCGCUGGGAAGAUGACAACAUACCAAGUUCAAUGAUUUUAGAGGAGGUGGAACGGAUGAGUGUGUGUGAGCUGGAGGUUGAUGCCGUGGCUGCUGAUGUUCUCAACCGUCUAGAGAUUGAGAAUCAGAUUGGCAGAAACCCUGGUCUCCAGGCCAUCUGGGAUGAUGAGAAACAGCGACGGCAGGAGAGAUGUCAAAGCUCUCGUAUUGACAUGCCUGAAUCACAAGAUCGAGGCUUUGUAGAGUUUGCAGAGAGUGAAAAAAACUUCAUGAAGAGAUUCAAGGAAAUUCUCAAGGAAAAUGAAUUUGAUGUGACUGGGUCUGAAGUUGACUCUUUCCCUGAGCUCUCACUCUAUCCUACUGUGCUGAGCCCAGAUGACUUGCCUUGCAUACCUGCCAGCCAAGUGGAUGUGCAUCCAGAUGCAUUUAAAGACACACAAAAGCAUGGUGGGAAAGAUGCUGAAGUGGCAGUUGUUGAUGAAGAGGCCAUUUUGAGUUUGUUGGAAAACAGUCAGACCUUCCUCCCUCUUUCUCAGAGACCCAACCAAUCAGUAUUACUUGACAGCAGUCAAGACCAGGCUAUGGUUGAUGUAUUUGAAGCAUUGGCUGAUGAUGGAUUUAGAGCUGGCAGGUCCAAAGUAGUGUCCCAGCAGCUGUCUGGGAUUGCUAGCUGCAUCUAUAACAGUGAUGAUGAGGAAGCUGGGCCUGAGCUGGAGAAAGAAGAGUCAGAGCUCAGUAGAAUCAUGUCACAAAGAUGGGACUGUGACAUGCCAGGACACUCUGCUAGGCAAAGAUUAUGUAUGAAAGAAGCAAAUGAAAGCUCCAGCGAAGAGCAGCAGGCCUCAUCAGAUGAAAAGGUGUAUUGGAAGGGAAACAGUGCUCCCUUUACUAAUCUGUCCAUUCCACAGUUGGAUGGAGCUGCAGAUGAGAAUAGUGAUUCAUCACUAACAGACAAAGAAUCCUGGACACGCUCAUCUCUAAAAGCAACAGACAAGAUCCUUGGUAGCAGAAAUGUUUUUCCAAAUGAAGCUGUUCGUAUGGAGCCACCAUCUUCUGCUAAAAUUGUUAUUGAAUACAAAUGUGCUGAGCAGAAACUCAAUCAAGAGGAUUUAGCAGAUAAGCAUUUAAAAAGUGAAGAGGCAAACGAAUGUUCAACUGGAUUAAGAGUUAACAAAGAGGUGCCAUAUAUUCCACCAGUUAAACACCCAAUCCCUUUUAACAUAGCAAAUAUACCUAAACUUGGUGCUGAAAAAAUAAGUGUGCACUCUUUGUACACUGAUGAAAACCAAGCCACUGGCCUUAAUCAGCCAGAUCCUGAUGAUUCAAUUUUUGGAAACUCUAAGCUUGCCCAGAAGAUAAAAAAAUCUACCAGUAUUAAAAAUGUGGAAAAGAACCAUUUAUCCAUCCCAGAGAAUCACAAGAGCUUCUUUGUAUGUUACUCUGAGAUGAUGAACUGCCCCACCAAGACUGAAAUGGAACUCUGUCCAAAUGACUGCAGAAGACCUGUGAUAAGUUUUGACCAGACACAAAGCCCUAUGAAAGAGAGCCAAGCUUUGGGCCCUCAAGAAGUUGAGACAGGACAGGGUAAAAAAGAGGAAGAUGUCAGCAAACUGAAAAUAAGAUAUGAGGAUUACCAAGAGAAUAAAACUGAGAGGACCAUUGUGGCACAACAGGAGGCACACUACAAAUUUUUCCCCAGCGUUAUUCUGUCUAAUUGCCUGUCCAGACCCAUCAAAAAACAGGCUGGAAGCAAGACUGGGGAUGGUUGCUGUGACUUAGACCAUCCUGAACAGCGAAGGUCAAGGUUAAAGUUGAUCAAAAAGAAAACAACGUUAGGUCAAAAAAGGGUAAGUCCUGUGAGGACCCCGUCUCCUACGAAAGAGGAAGCCACAGCACUUCUUUCCAACACUUUAGGCUCCCUUAAACAGAAAGAAAUGUUUAAGGUGGUUGACAUGGAAACUUCAGAUCCACCAACUGUUGAAGGUUUGACUGAGAACUCUGUAGAGGAUAAACUUGCAGAUAUUCCCACCAAACUCUCUUGCACCAAGCUGUCCAGUUUGCCAGGUAGCAAAUAUACAUUGCGGGCAAAAAGGAAAAUGAGUUACGACAGUGAAAAUGGAGAUCAGGCAAGUUCGGGUUCUUUCAAACAAGAUUUGGUGCAACAUGAAGGCCUUAAAAGCAAAGAUCAUGUCUUUAGCCAAAAAAAGAGGAAACUGACUAAAACAGAGCCACCAAUCAUCAUUAAAUAUAUAAUCAUUAACAGAUUCAAAGGUCAGAAGAACAUGUUAGUGAAGAUUUCUAAAAUUAACGCUGAUGAAACUCGCACAGUUUUAACACCAGAAAAGCUUGCUGAAUACAAAAAGCUCGCUCCUCUCAAAGAAUUCUGGCCCAAAGUGCCAGAGUCUACAGCAGUGAAGUACCCGCUACUUGAGCCAAAAGUAAAGAAAUGUCACAAACGAAAGGCUAAGGUCAACCCAGUGUCAAAGAGGGCCAGCACCUCUCCAAAAUCUAAGUGUCCACGAGCUGGUCAGACUAGGAGGGCGAAGCAUGCAAAAGCAUUUAUAACUUUACCGAAAUUACCCCCUCAAUGGCCUUGUUAUAAUGAGUUCACAGAUGACUGCUGCACAGAGUAUUCUGAUGUGAUGGUGGAGUUGGGUUAUUUGUCAGAAAGAGCCUCCAGUCCUACUGAUUCAACCCCACCUAGAUGUUGGUCUCCUACUGAGCCCUUACUGGGAUCAAAUUCAAAUCUCAUAAACCCCCAUAAUGAUCCAUGUCUAGGUUCAUCCUAUCAAGUACUGGCUCCAAAACCAUACCAAAGAGGUCUUUGGGAUAGAAGAAGAAAACCCAGGCUUAAAAAGACUUCUGCUACCAGCCCAAAAAGACAAGCUAACACUACAACAGUCAGGUCAGUGAACAAAGAUUCAGUGAAAACUAAGGAUUCACAGAGAAAAAGUAUUCGAGUGGCUUUAAGGAGGCAUAAAAAACGUUGUGAAAGUAUUGAAGGAAUUGUUCUUGAAGAUGGCACAUCUACCUCUCAGAAAGACAGGAUGCUGAAUGAGAAGCAAAUCCUAAGAAAAAAACAGGUCCAUGGUGAGGAGAGUGAUAAUUCACAGGCUCCACAUUCAGUUAACACUGCACUUAUUACUUCCUCAUCUGAUGACUUAACUCCUUUCCAACGUCCCAGUUCUCUAAAAAGUAGUCAAGAGGACCUUACUGUCAGUUGUUCAGGCUCUCAAACAGAGGUCACCAGCACUGGAAAAAAAUCUAAUCAAGAUGUUGUUUUUGUCUUCAAUGCCAUUGCCUCAAAUGACUCACAAAAAGACUCACAGAUUGUCCUCAAUCCAUGUAUUGAAAAAUCUCUGAAUCUUAUUCUUUCCCCAUCCACCAAGACUGUAGGACAUCCAUGUUCUGUCAUCACAUACAGCAGUUCCAAAUCACAAAAUAUGAGUCAAGAUGGGACUAUCACAAAGAAUAUUUAUAAAUUCAAAUCAGAGGUCUCUGGCCAUGAAGAGAACCCCAGAACCAUACAGCAUUUGCAGUCAACCAGAAAAACAACCAUAAAAUCAAGAAGGCCGCAAACAAAAAAGAAAGAUACCAUAACUUUAUUGGAGUCUGUCGAUGGUAGAUCCUCCCUUUUGCCCUCUGCUACGAGUGCAAUUAAAGCUGGAUUUCACACAGGUCUCACAUUGUCCUCAGACCCUAAAAUUGAGGAAAUGUGUGUUUCUGAGUUGCCUUCUGAGCUGGCUGUCUUGAAGGAGCUUCUCCAGAAGAGGCAAUUCAAGGCAGGACAGGAACCACUUGAAAGUGAUCAUGUGACUGAGGAUAUGUCUUCUGCCAGUCAACAUACUGAUAUUCCCAAAACAGCCAAAUCUAAAACAGCUCAUUCAUCAACAUCAAGAAAACCAAGGGGUUCAAGAACUAAAGUGCCAAAAGAGUUACAGUUCAAAAUCAGAAGUAAUAAAAUAAAACAGGAUGAUUUGAGAAUUGACCAUCUUUCAUCAGAUGACAGUCCUGUGUUUUUCUCUGAUCCUGGCUUUGAUAGCUGUUGCACUAUUGAGGAUAGCUUGUCCCCAGAGCUCCCAGACAAUUACAGCUUUGAUAUCAAUGCCAUUGGGCAAACAGAGUUCUCCAGUCUGUAUUCUGGUAACCAGUUUGUGUUAACUGAUCGAAACUUGCCUCAGAAGUUCCUCAGUGAUGUCAGCCAGGAGGCAAUAAAUGCCCUUGUUGGGUUAGGGGACAGGACACAAAAAGUGUUUGUUGAUGAGAACAGCAAGCAUGAACAGGACUGGCAUAAGUCUGGGACUCUUAGUCCAGAACUCUUUGAUAAGUCAUUUUGUGAAAGUGGCAGAGUUUAUCCCAACAAGGUAUCUCUUGAUUCAGAAAAGAUCUUUAGCAAAGAUUGGGCGGGGUCUUUAGGUAAAAUCCAUGGCCUCAGCCACUUUCAGGACUUUCACUGUGAAAAGAGAGAUGUGUUGCUUGACCCAGAGCACUUUUCCCCCAUUACUUCUGCUUCUUUUGCAUAUAAUGGUGUUUCCCCAAAUAGUGAUCCCCUAGAUGGCAGUUCAGCAACACCAAGCAGUUCCCCACAGUCCAUCAACUCGCUGUCCCAGCUGAAAAAUGGAGGUCAGAGUUCAAAGAGUGGAGGAACUCACAUUCUCAAACCUCUCAUGUCUCCACCUACUCGGGAAGAAAUCAUAGCUACUCUGAUGGAACUGGACCUCUCAGAAGCCACCUACCAGGAACCAUUCUGCAGUGACCCAUCAGAUGCACCCUUGAAGCCAAGGGGGGUUGGUGGUCGGAAGUUGAUUUUGGAAACCAGACUGGCGAAUGAACUAGUUGAAUUUCAUGGAGACUUAUCUCAAAACGGUUUACAGUUUUGGAAAGUUGCAUUUUCUGCAAUGACAAAUCAAGACUCUGCACCAAACCAUGGGUGUAAAUCCUCUAUACUGACCAAGGACCAAAACCCAUUUUAUGGCAGUGAUCAAAAAGUGAUCAUGCUUCCCUGCAAGUGUGCCCCAAGUCCAGAACAGGUGCAGCUCUGGCUGCAGGCCAAAAAACAAUUUGAGUGCCUUCAGAGUAAUAGGAAACAAAUGGGUGGUCAGACAAUUGCGGAACUGAGUACAUAUGACAGGACCUCACCUCAAAAUGAGGACUUUAAGUUACCUUCCUCAGAGAAUCAUGAUAAAAGGUUUCAGAGUUGGGAGAAAAAAGAUGAAAAGGCUUCAGAGUUGCCGAGUAUCAGUAGGAAUGGCUUAAGUUUACCACUCCAUAUUUCACCAGUUAAGGCAGUUUCAUCUAACUGUAGCCCUAACAGUGUGAAAUGUAUCUUGGACAUGGAGACAAACAAAGGUUGUCAGAUCACUUCUCCAAAUUCUCCUGAUCUUUCUACAUUGCAACAAAGGCCAGCUGAGAUUAAACAAGAUGAGGACAAGGAGGGUUUGACUGAUAUAUUACAAUCCCCCAGCAUGGACCAGUCUCAAAAUCUCAGUGACACAUCACUUGAAAAUGUACAGCCAAAGGACCUCUUGAGUCCAUCAGUUUUUCCUUUUAAACACCUAGUUUCUGAUGUCAAAUGCUCUUACCUGCUCCAUAGCACACCUGUCCACCGGAGAAGCUACAUUGAUGACGAUGGGUCUAGCUACAGUCCAAUAAGAAAUGAAGACCUAGAGCCCAGAUCACAGAGGCUACAUCAAAAGGGUAACAGAAACAAAGAUGCUUUACGGAGAGUUUUGCUCACCACACAAAUGAAGAAUCAGCUUACCACUAUGAAUGUUAUGAAGAGAGAAAACUCCCAGAUUGAGGGACCAUCAAUCUGUAAUUCAUAUGGCUUUAAAGUCAGUAUGCAGAACUUGCAGGAGGCCAAAGCAUUGCAUGAGAUACAGCACCUCACACUGAUGAGCAUGGAGCUUCAUCCAAGGACUCGUCGUGACCUUGAGCCUGACCCUGAAUUUGACCCAAUUUGUGCUUUGUUCUACUGCCUCAGUUCUGAUGUCCCUCUCCCAAAUUCUGACACUACCCAGAUGACAGGUGCCAUUGUCAUUGAUAAAGAUUGUUGUUCUUCAGCUCAAGCCUCCAGGAGCACAGCGCCGUUUCUUUUUAAAUCUGGUGUGACGGGACUGCUGGUGACUUAUGUCAGUGAUGAGAAGGAGCUUUUUGAAGAGGUCACAAACAUUCUUAGAAUGUAUGACCCAGACAUUCUUGUUGGAUAUGAGGUCCAGAUGCACUCUUGGGGGUACCUACUGCAACGUGCAUCAACGCUCAGUGUGGACCUGUGCCAGCAACUCUCCCGUGUGCCAGGAGAUGCAAAAGAAAAUCGGUUUAUGGCAGAGAAAGAUGAAUAUGGUGCAGACACUAUGACGGAAAUCCAUAUUGUUGGACGCAUUGUCCUCAACAUGUGGAGGAUUAUGAAGACUGAGGCUGCAUUGAAUAACUACACUUUUGAGAAUGUGGCUUUCCACCUCCUGCAUCAGCGCUUUCCUCUCUACAGCCAUCGCACACUCUCCGACUGGUUUGACCACAACACACACCUGCACAGGUGGAAAGUGGUGGAUCAUUAUGUGAGUCGUGUGUGUGGCACAGUCCAGUUGCUCCAGCAGCAGGAUAUUAUUGGCAGGACAAGUGAACUGGCACGCAUGUUUGGAAUCCAGUUCUACCACGUGCUAACCAGGGGGUCACAGUACCGUGUGGAAUCAAUGAUGUUAAGGAUCGCAAAACCAAUGAAUUACAUCCCAGUGACUCCAAGCACACAGCAGCGUGCUCAGCAAAGAGCCCCACAGUGCAUUCCGCUUGUCAUGGAGCCAGAGUCGCGUUUCUAUAGCAACUCUGUUAUUGUGUUGGAUUUCCAGUCAUUGUAUCCAUCUAUCAUCAUUGCCUACAAUUACUGUUUCUCCACCAGCCUUGGACACGUUGAGAAUCUUGGAACGUGUGAUGAGUUCAGGUUUGGUUGUACAUCUCUCAGAGUCCCCCCUGACCUCCUUUACCAGCUCAGAAAUGACAUCACCAUUUCUCCCAAUGGUGUCGCAUUUGUUAAGUCAUCAGUGCGGAGGGGUGUCCUGCCAAGUAUGCUGGAGGAGAUUUUGAAGACGAGGAUUAUGGUGAAGCAGUCCAUGAAGGCGUACAAAAACAACAAAGCUCUGUUACGCCUGCUGGAUGCCAGGCAGCUUGGCCUUAAACUUAUUGCCAAUGUCACAUUUGGUUACACUGCUGCCAGCUUCUCUGGACGUAUGCCCAGCGUUGAGGUAGGUGACAGCAUUGUGCACAAGGCCCGAGAAACUUUGGAGAGAGCCAUAAAGAUGGUCAAUGACACAAAGAAGUGGGGAGCACAUGUUGUCUACGGAGAUACAGACAGUAUGUUUGUGUUGUUGAAAGGCGCAACCAAGGAACAGGCAUUUAAGAUUGGUAAUGAAAUUGCAGAGGCGGUCACUGCCGCCAACCCUAAACCUGUCAAAUUGAAGUUUGAGAAGGUGUACCUCCCAUGCGUGUUACAGACUAAGAAGCGUUAUGUUGGAUACAUGUAUGAGAGCAUGGAUCAGAAAAACCCAGUCUUUGACGCCAAAGGCAUUGAAACUGUACGUCGUGAUGGCUGCCCUGCUGUUGCCAAGAUUUUGGAGCGAUCUCUGAAGCUGCUUUUCGAGGCACGUGACAUCAGCCAGGUGAAGCAGUACGUGCAGCGGCAAUGUGUGAAGGUGCUAGAGGCCAAAGCCAGCAUGCAGGACCUCAUUUUUGCCAAAGAGUACCGUGGAAGCGGAUCGUACCGACCAGGGGCCUGUGUCCCUGCUCUGGAACUCACCAGGCGUAUGAUGGCGCACGAUCGACGUUUAGAGCCACGUGUGGGUGAGCGAGUGCCGUAUGUUAUUGUGUACGGGAUGCCAGGAGUGCCGCUCAUACAGCUGGUUCGACGUCCUGUAGAGGUACUGCAGGACCCCAGCUUGCGCCUCAAUGCAACCUACUACAUCACCAAGCAGAUCUUGCCACCGCUCGCACGAAUUUUCAGCCUGAUUGGAGUAGAUGUGUUCAGCUGGUACCACGAGUUGCCGAGGGUACAGAAGGCAUGGAGCUCUGUAAGUGGAGGAGGGGAGGAGGGCACAAGAAAAGGCACCAUCUCUCAGUACUUUACAACGCUGCAUUGCCCGAUUUGUGAUGAGCUGACACAGCUAGGAGUGUGUGAACGUUGUCGGGCUGAACCCCAGCGUGUUGCUUUCCACCUACACCAGGACUUGCGGCUUUGGGAAAGCCAGCAAGACCAGCUCCUAAAGGUAUGUAGAAGUUGCAGUGGGAGUGCUGAGCGUCAAGUGCCAUGCGUCUCAUUGGACUGCCCUGUACUCUACAAAUCGUCUCGUGUUAAUCGGCAUCUUUCCCGAGGAUCAUAUCUUCGCCAGCUGCUAGAGCAGUUCUGAUAGUCCAGCAGUCUGUCCCCCUUUCAUUUUACUCUGGUGCUAAACACUGUGCCAUUCAGCACAAUUUCUGUGUUUAAUGUUUUGAAAAGGUGCUUUUUUCCCCGUCUUUGAAGUUUCCAUCUUAUACUGUUUGACUGUGUGUGGUACUGCAGUGCAGUGGGACUAAAGAGGCCUUAAAUACAGAAAAGAGGAAGCUGAUUUUGAUGCACUGUGUUUGAAUUUGCUUGGUAGUUGUCUUUAGAGUGUUCAUUAAAUGGCGACAUUUCUGCAGAUUGACAGGUCAGACAUUUACAGCAUAAUCCUUUCUAAACUGAACCCUUAUGUGCUGUAGCAAUUUGUAAAUGAAGAAGAUUCAGUACUGGCUGUAAUUCGUGUGGAACAAUGUUUGACUCCCG